AUGUAUAGUUGCGAGAGUAAGAUAAAGAAAAUUAUCGGAGAAUCAAUAUCUCUCCCAAUAUUUACACUCUCUGGAAGAAGGCCACUUAGGCAAUUAGAGUAUUCUUCCAAACCUGUACCAUCAACCUCAUCAGGUUGUGCUGCUGGUUUUACCACUACAUUUUUUGAAACUGAUUUUACAGAGAAAGAAAAUAUUGAGCCUAUGACCAAUAUCCAGUUACAUUCUCAUAAGGAAAAUGAAGUGGUUCUUGCAAGAAAAGAGAUUAAGCAAUUAAGUAGAGAGUGCCGUACACCCUCACUUGCUGUCACUCAGAAAAUUAAGAAAACCAUUGCAACUACUCAUGCUGAAAAUAAAUUGUACUUGAAGCUGGUACAGGUAAAAAAUAAACUUGCAAAAUGCCGUACUAAGGUUAAGCAGUAG